AUGGGUGAAAGAGAGGUAAUAGAAAUGAAGGAAGAUGAUGUGGCAUGGGUUGUUCAGUUAUCUGAUCUCCAUUUCAGUGUUCAUAAUCCUGAGAGGGCCCACAGUUUCUCCAAAAUUGUGGGUCCUACUCUUUCCAUGAUUAAUCCUUCAUUGGUCUUCAUCACUGGUGAUCUUACUGAUGGAAAGAGCAAGGAUUUACUAACAAUGAAGGAAGAUGAAGAAGAGUGGCUGGAAUAUCAGAAAGUCCUGGAAGAUGUCAUUAAACGAAGCGGACUGAAGAAGAACGUGUUUUAUGAUCUCCGAGGAAAUCAUGAUACUUUUGGUGUACCAGCCAUUGGAGGUUCAUUUGAUUUUUACUCAAAGUAUAGCAUUAAUGGGCAGCUAAAUAGAAGUGGACUGGUCAAUAGUGCCACUAUUCAGACUGGUGAGCGCAGUAUCCGGUUCGUUGGGUUUGACAGUGUCACGUCUUUAGGUCUGCGGGGCCCAACAAAUCUAUUUGGUCAUCCCACUGAUCAACUAUUAGAUGAAAUAAGCUCUGAGCUCUCAGUACUAGAUUCUCGACCAGCCAAACCUGUUAUCAAGAUUGCUUAUGGGCAUUUCCCACUUUCAUUUUCUGCAGCAUCACUUUCCGGAAGAACCCUAAAAGAUACAUUUCUGACACAUAACUUGUCAGCUUACUUAUGUGGGCAUCUGCAUACAAGGUUUGGUAAGAAUUUAAAGAGGCAUCACGAGUCAAAUCAAAAACUUGUCCAGUUAAAUGGACAUGGAUCACUUCCGAAUAAUUCGAGAACUUGUUCAGAUGAGGCUACUGAAUUUAAAGAGUUCUGGGAGUGGGAAAUGGGUGACUGGAGGAAAAGUAGAGCAAUGCGGAUAUUGGCCAUUGAUAGAGGGUCGAUGUCUUUUGUUGACUUUGACUUUAAGUUGGGAGCUAAGAAUGUUAUUAUAUUGCCAACGUUUCCUUUGGACUCUCGUUUUACUUUGGAGAGAUCGUUUCACAAGUGCAAGAUGGAUUCCUUGUACUUAAACAGUAUCAGAGCUCUCGUAUUUUCUUCUUCUCAAGUUGUAUCAGUUGUGGCUAGGAUAUACGAUUCAAGGCCUGGAAAACUCGUUACGGUGUUGGAGACUCCUAUGACAAAAAGUGAGGGGAACCUUUAUACAUGUCCCUGGAACUUUAAAGCAUUUGAAGAUCCAUCUCCUGAUAGAUUUUUGUUGCAAAUAGAAGCAGUUGAUAUUGGAGGUAAAUCAACUUUGACUGAACUAAGGCCAUUCUCUGUUGACAGUUUUCGUGCUAAGCUUUCAUGGAAUUGGAAAGAGUUUAUAGUAAUGGGUUGUCAGUGGGAGGCAUUAUAUUACCCAAUAUUAUGGUUCUUUUAUUUGUUAACUCUUCCUAUUCUCGUCUUUCCAAAAGCUAUCUUCGUAUUUUUUAAGAAGCAGUAUACUUACAAGAAUUUCGUCGGUAAUAAAGGACUGGUAACUUGUGUGUCAUGGAUUCUAUCGGAGUUGUAUAAUAUUCCACUAGUAUGGUUCUCGAUAAUUGUUUACUUGUUUUACCUCAUAUUAUGUCCUUGGCUUUCUGGCCAAGUUUUCGCCGAAGGAGGUGAAAGGGGAUAUAUGACUUACCGGGGUUGGGUGCUGAGAUUAAACGAGAAGGCAAAGCUGUCUUUUCAUGGAUUUCCAGAUAUUUUGGUGGUUGUUUUUCCCCAUCUUUACUUUGUGGUGUUGCCUACUAUAAUUGUUAUUGGAGCGUUGGUGGCUGAGAGGGCGGUAUUCCAAGAUCAUCUUCGAGCUCUUUCUGCUAAAAAGGAAGAUGAUUAUUUGGUGACGAGUAAUGUAUCUGCAUCUACUAAUGCAAGAAAUAAGACGCUGACACUCCUCCAUAGGCGGUGGAUUAGGAAAAUGCUCCUAUUAAUGUCUUUGGCAAUUUGUGGGAAGCAUGUUUUGAACUGCCGAGCUCUUAUCAAAGCUUAUGCAAUGAACCCGUUAAUCCAUUUUCCUGUCUAUAGCAUGUCAAUUCCUCUCUUGUUGGCUUAUACUAUCUACAAAACCAGCAAAGCUGAGUAGACUUUUCGGAGCUGAACUACAUGUAGAGCUAUAAGUUCAAUAUGUCAGACUGAAACAUACACCGGCUUAUUAGUAAGAAGGAACCAAUGCUGCUGCUUCACCGACAGUUGUAGAUUACAUUUAGCAUCUCAUGAGGGGCAACACGAAGGCUUCAAAGGCCUGCAGUUAACCCAAAGUGUUGGCUCCAGAUUAAUUUCUCGGUCAUAAAGAAAAAAGCCUUCAAAUUCCAGUUGAUAGACUAGUAGACGAAUGUCCUUUGUUUUAGACAUUGGAUUGCUGGUACAAGACUCGAUCUUUAUGUAGUUUUACUUUUACAGUGAAAAUUUAGCAUCUUGUUGCAGCAAUGUAGAACUUCAGAUGCAUGUAAAUGUAUUUACACUAUAGGAACCAAUUGAGGAAGUUUAUCAGGCAGUGAAAGAUAAGGUUAGUGAUUGUUAAAUAGAUUGCUGACUGAGUUUCUGA